AUGAAAGUGUGGACGCAGGAUAUUUCCCCGAGGACUCGGCAUAUAUCAUUUCCCAACCCAUCUCGUGUACCAAAAGAUGAACUAAGCCGCUGCUAUUACAAACUGAGCCGCGUUCGCACCAUUAUAUGUGAGGGGUUGGGAUCCUCUGCCUCUGAGGAGUUCUUUCUGGAGACAUGCAUUUCGCGAUUCAAGCACUUGCGAGUGCUAUGGCUACGUGGCUCUAGCUUUGACAUACUACCUAGUUCCAUUGGCGGUCUGAAGCAUUUGAGGUGUCUCAGUUUAACCGACAACUGCAAUAUCAAGGAACUCCCCAAAUCGGUUUGCGAGCUUCGCAAUCUGCAGUACUUAGAUCUUGGCAGGUGCGAGGAACUCAAGGAACUGCCUGCAAACAUCAAGAAUAUGAUCAACCUCCGCGUUUUGUUCAUUACCACGAAACAGCAGCGUUUCCCGGAGAGGGGAAUAGGAUGCUUGACCUCUCUGCGGUGGCUAUUCAUUGCAGAGUGCGAGAAUUUGGAGGCCUUGUUCGAUGAUAUCCAAUCGCUCACGUCGCUCCGCAAGUUGCUUAUUGGAGGGUGUCCGAAGUUGGCCUCCUUACCACAAGGAAUCAAGAAUCUGAAGGCAUUGGAGGUUCUCAUGAUUGGCGGCUGCAAGAGCUUGAAGUUGCCGGAAGGCGAAAGUAAUGAACCACGCUCCAUGUCGAGGCUUCAAUCGUUCAUGAUUGGGGGAUUAUCGGAAAUAGUUUCUUUCACACCCCAAACUCAACAAGAAUAA